UUUCAAAACAACACAUGUUUUUCUGAUAAAAUAGAAAUCUAAAUGUUUUUCUUCUAAAAUUUAUACUUAUAUUGCUUAAAAAUGCCGAAGGUGAAAAAGUUUAUAGAUCGCAAGAAAGCAGUAACUUUUAAUCUAGUUCACCGUUCGCAAAAAGAUCCUUUGGUAGCUGAUGAGAGUGCGCCACAACGUGUUUUGGUUCCAGUUAAUGCCAAUGUACCACCACCGAAGGAUAAAGGACCGGAACUAACACCAGAGCAACGCAAGCAACAACAGAUCAAAUAUGGAAUCUACUUUGAUGAUGAUUACAACUACUUACAGCAUCUCAAAGAUACCAGGGAAGUCACCAUGGUUAUGCAACCUAAAGCCACCCACAAAAGGAAAGAGAAGCCAAUAAAAGAGAAUGCAGAAACUGAGAAAGAUUCAACUGUAAAACUAAAUCUUCCCAGUUCAGUGUUUGCUUCUGAAGUGGAAGAGGAUGUUGGUAUGCUGAAUAAGGCUGCAUCACAAGGACUUUGUUUGAAUUUGGAUCCUGAGGUGGUUGCUGCUCUGGAUGACGACUUUGACUUUGAUGAUCCUGAAAAUGAACUAGAAGACAAUUUCAUUGAACUGGCUAUGGGAGAGGGUUCUGGUGAUGAGGAAUAUGAAGAUGAUGAUAAUGAUAUGUCGGAUGAUGACGGGGACAUGUCUGAUAAAGCCUUUGUUUCUGACCUUGAUUCUGAUGAUGAUAGUGACUCACAGGUUCAACAAGGUAGAAUGCAGACGUGGGACAAAGAUGACACAAAAUCUCGCUUCUCCCAGUAUUCCAUGUCUUCCAGUGUCAUCAGGAGAAAUGAAGGUCUUUCUCUUCUGGACAAUAGAUUUGAAAGGAUGUUUGCUGAAUACGACGAUACAGAAGUAGGCGCUCUAGACCUGGAAGAGAUAGAGGGAUACAUGCCUGAGACACACAACAUGCUGCUACAGGCCGCAGAGGAGUUCGAACAGUCACAGAAGAAAUAUAAACUCGACAAGGAGAAGGAAAUCGCGAGAAUACAACGCUUGCAAGAGAUAGAGGAGGAAUCUGAAGAAGAUUUAGUGACAAUGGAAGUGGAACCGAAGGAGAAAUGGGACUGCGAGACCAUCCUGUCAACAUACUCCAACCUUUACAAUCACCCAAAGAUAAUAGAGGAGCCUAAGAAACCGCGUAAAAUCAAAAUCAACACCAAGACGGGACUACCGGAAGAUACGCUAGGCAAAGACAACAAGUUGACGAUGAAAUCCCUGGCCAAGUUCAACGCGCUGCAGGACGCGGGGAGCGACGGUUCUGAUGACGAGAGAACUAACGCGGAGACUAUCCUGUCCACACUCAGUGUGUUGUCUAUAAGAGCUAAAGACGAAACACCCGAAGAGAAGAAAGAAAGGAAACGCCUUUUGAAGGAGUACAGGAAAGAAAGAAGAAUAGAGAAGAAAGCAAACAAAGAGGCAUUCAAAGAAGAGAAGAAACGACAAGAGAAAAUCAUGAUGAACAAUAGAAAUAAUGUUCAGGGAAACAAAAUAUUAUAAUUUAAGAACCA